UUCUUUUUCCCCGGAAGGAAAGCGGAGCCCUGGCUGGGCGCGCAAGGUGGGGAGGUGCGGGGCUGGGCGUGGGGAGGCGGGGCGCGCGCGGGGCGGGGGGACCUCUCCCUCCCCUGCUCCUUGUGGUCUACGGGUCUGCCUGCCCAGAUCCACCGCCUAGCCAGGAUUGAAGGUGAUAGCUCAGCCAAGGGGGCGCGGCUGGCACAAGCUGGGGGCCGGGUGCCCCGGGUGGGGGACGGUUACCCAGCUGCGGGACAGGCGGGAGAAUAGUCCCACGGACCUUGGAAGGGAUCGAAGAACGCGGACCUCAAGCGGAGGUGAAACUGACCAGGACUAGACGCGAGAAACUGAUCAGUACUCCUGGCGCAACCGCUUGGCGGACGCUAGUGUCCUCUGGCGGCGCCCGGAGCAGGUGAACAGGUUCAGCUCCGUGUCCUCACUCGCUCUCGCCAGGUCCCCGGCUCCCGCUCGCAGCCAUGGGCCUCGGCCCCCGCUGCGCGCCCCGCAGGAUGCUCUGCACCCUCGUCUUGAUGGUGGUGGCCGGUGACCGAGUCGCCUCUGCUUUCAACCUGGACACCCGAUUCUUGGUGGUGAAGGCCGGGAAUCCGAAGAGCCUCUUCGGCUACUCGGUCGCCCUCCAUCGGCAGACGGAGCGGCAGCGGCGUUACCUGCUCCUGGCUGGUGCCCCGCAAGACUUCGCCGUGCCUGAUGGCUAUACCAACAGGACUGGUGCUGUGUACCUGUGCCCCCUCACUGCCCAAAAGGACGACUGUGAGCGGAUGGACAUCACGGAGAAAAGUGACCCUGACCAUCACAUUAUUGAGGACAUGUGGCUUGGAGUGACUGUGGCCAGCCAGGGCCCUGCAGGCAGAGUCUUGGUCUGUGCCCACCGCUACACCCAGGUGCUGUGGUCAGGGUCGGAGGACCAGAGACGCAUGGUAGGCAAGUGUUAUGUGCGGGGCAACGACCUAGAGCUGGACCCCAGUGAUGACUGGCAGACCUACCACAACGAGAUGUGUAAUAGCAACACAGACUACCUGGAGACGGGCAUGUGCCAGCUGGGCACCAGUGGCGGCUUCACCCAGAACACCGUGUACUUUGGUGCCCCUGGUGCCUACAACUGGAAAGGAAACAGCUACAUGAUUCAAAGGAAAGAUUGGGAUUUAUCUGAGUACAGCUACAAGGACCCAGAGGGCCAAGGAAACCUCUAUAUUGGAUAUACGGUGCAGGUGGGCAGUGCCAUCCUGCAUCCUACAGACAUCACUAUUGUGACGGGUGCCCCUCGGCACCGACAUAUGGGUGCCGUCCUCUUGCUGAGCCAGGAGGCAGGUGGAGACCUGCGGAGGAGGCAGGUGCUGGAAGGCACGCAGGUGGGCGCUUAUUUUGGCAGCGCCAUUGCCCUGGCAGAUCUGAACAAUGAUGGGUGGCAGGACCUCCUGGUAGGUGCUCCCUACUACUUUGAGCGUAAGGAGGAGGUUGGGGGUGCUGUCUAUGUCUUCAUGAACCAGGCGGGCACCUCCUUCCCUGCCCAACCCUCGCUCCUUCUGCAUGGCCCCAGUCGCUCCACCUUCGGCUUCUCUGUGGCCAGCAUUGGUGACAUCAACCAGGAUGGAUUCCAGGACAUUGCUGUAGGAGCCCCGUUCGAGGGCUUGGGCAAAGUGUACAUCUACCACAGCAGCUCUGGGGGGCUCCUCAGACAGCCCCAGCAGGUAGUCCAUGGAGAAAAGCUGGGACUGUCUGGCUUGUCCACCUUUGGCUACUCUCUGAGUGGGCAGAUGGAUGUGGAUGAGAACUUCUACCCAGACCUGUUAGUAGGGAGCCUGUCAGACCACAUUGUGCUGCUUCGGGCCCGGCCUGUUAUCAACAUCCUCCACAGGACUUUGGUGGCCAGGCCAGCUGUGCUAGAUCCCACGCUUUGCACAGCCACUUCCUGUGUGCAGGUGGAGCUGUGCUUUGCCUACAACCAGAGUGCUGGGAACCCCAACUACAGGCGAAACAUCACCCUGGCCUACACUCUGGAGGCUGACCGGGACCGACGCCCACCACGACUCCGCUUUGCCCAAAGCCAGUCAGCUGUCUUCCAUGGCUUCUUUUCCAUGCCUGAAAUGCAUUGCCAGACACUGGAGCUGCUCCUGAUGGACAACAUCAGAGACAAACUCCGUCCCAUAGUUAUCUCCAUGAACUACUCUUUACCUUUGCGGAUGCCUGAGCGCCCGCGGCUGGGACUGCGGUCCCUGGAUGCCUACCCAGUCCUCAACCAGGCACAGGCUUUGGAGAACCACACGGAGGUCCAGUUCCAGAAGGAAUGUGGGCCAGACAACAAGUGCGACAGCAACUUGCAUAUGCAGGCGGCCUUCGUGUCAGAGCGGCUGCAGCGCCUGAGCAGGCUCCAGUACAGUAGAGAUGUCCGGAAACUGCUCCUGAGCAUCAAUGUGACCAAUAUCCCAAGCCAGGAGCGGGCUGGGGAAGAUGCCCAUGAGGCACUGCUUACCCUGGAGGUGCCUCCUGCCCUGCUGCUGUCCUCAGUGCGCCCUUCUGGGACCUGCCAAGCUAAUGAGACCAUUCUGUGUGAGCUGGGGAAUCCCUUCAAACGGAACCAGAGGAUGGAACUGCUCAUCUCCUUUGAGGUCAUCGGGGUGACCCUGCACACCAGGGACCUUCAGGUGCAGCUGCAGCUCUCCACAUCAAGUCAUCAGGACAACCUGCGGCCCAUGACCCUGACUCUGCAGGUGGACUAUACACUCCAGGCCUCUCUCAGCAUGAUAAAUCACCGGCUACAGAGCUUCUUUGGUGGGACUGUGAUGGGCGAGUCUGGCAUGAAGUCUGUGGAGGACGUGGGAAGCCCUCUUAAAUAUGAAUUCCAGGUGAGCCCAGUAGGGGAGGGUCUGGCAGUCCUGGGUACCCUGGUCCUAGCUCUGGAGUGGCCCUAUGAAGUCACCAAUGGCAAGUGGCUACUGUACCCCACGGAGAUCACUGUCCAUGGCAAUGGGUCCUGGCCCUGCCUCUCCCCGGGAGACCUCAUCAAUCCUCUCAACCUCACUCUCUCUGAUCCCAGGAACAGGCCACCAUCUCCACAGCGGAGGCGCAGACAGCUGGAUCCAGGGGGAGGCCAGGGGCCCCCACCUGUCACUCUGGCUGCUGCCAAAAAAGCCAAGUCUGAGACUGUUCUGAACUGUGCCACUGGCCUUGCCCGCUGUGUGUGGUUGGAGUGCCCCAUUCCUGAUGUCCCCACCAUCACCAAUGUGACUGUGAAGGCACGGGUGUGGAACAGCACCUUCAUUGAGGAUUAUAGAGACUUUGAUCGAGUCAGGGUAGAUGGCUGGGCUACUCUGUUCCUGCGAACCAAUGUCCCCACCAUCAACAUGGAGAACAAGACCACCUGGUUCUCUGUGGACAUUGACUCUGACUUGGUGGAGGAGUUGCCGGCUGAGAUCGAGCUGUGGCUGGUGCUGGUGGCCGUGGCUGCAGGGCUGCUGCUGCUAGGCCUGAUCAUCCUUUUGCUGUGGAAGUGCGGUUUCUUCAAGCGAGCCCGCACUCGUGCCCUGUAUGAAGCUAAGAGGCAGAAGGCGGAGAUGAAGAGCCAGCCGUCAGAGACAGAGAGGCUGACCGACGACUACUGAGUGGGGGGCAGCCCCCCACCCUGGCUCACCCGGUGUGACUUCUUUAAGCGGACCCGUUACUACCGGAUCAUGCCCAAGUACCAUGCAGUGCGUAUCCGGGAGGAGGAGCGCUACCCGCCUCCAGGAAGCACCCUGCCCACCAAGAAGCACUGGGUAACCAGCUGGCAGACUCGGGACCGAUACUACUGAUGUCCUUCCUGAUUCUCCUCCUCCCAAUGUGCCCUUCCUUUCUAUUUAUCAUAAGUUAUGCCUCUGACAGUCUACAUGGGCCCCUGCCUUUGGCUGGCACCAGCAGGCUCAGGCACACACCCCUCUUUAGGUGCAGGCAUGUGUUGUCUGACCACGGGCUUCUCCCUCAGGACCUCACAAUGCUGACGACGGCACAGCCCUAGACACGUGGGGCCCACUUGUGGCCUGUGCUUGUGCACCAUGGAGGAUGCAUGGAUAUGCCAUGUCCUAGCCUCUGCCUGUGCCAAAAUCAAGCCAAAGGACCUCCACCGUAGCUGGGAGGAAAAGGUUCCCAUGUGGUGAUACCUCCCCUUCCACACUGGAUCCACCUUGAGCCAUAGUUACUGGACUGAGUUCACUGUCCAGAGGAAAACUACUGACAAGGAGUGACUGACCUGGCUCAGCUGCAGCUCCCUAGCACUCACCAGAAAGCUAGGUCCCACCAAGGUUUAUCCAGAGGCACUUGCAGAACCUGUGUGCUCAGACCCAAGAGCAAUGAACUAGAAAGCAGGUCCCCAGAUGGCUUUUCACGGAUCUCUGAAGCCUUUCUUCUUGGCCACAGACUGGACUGGCAGGAACACAGUCCAAAGGAACAAAGAGAAACUGUGGGCAGCCUGAACACACUGUGCUGUGAGACUGACCUGGAGCACCAUGGAGUCCUCCAGAGACCAGAGGACCAGUCCUGGCUGGAUGCACCACCACCACCACUCCAGCCUCAGUAGGGCCUGGAGAGACCCCACAAGACCAUGCAGGGAGCGACGCUUGAAUGUAGAGCAGGGAGGGAGCCCCAUCCUUGCCCCAGCCAGCCACACCCACUCUGCCCCCACUGACCAUGGGUUGGAGCCUAGAGAUAGAGUUUUUGUCUGUCUUUGGCUUUUAGAGCAACCUGGCUCUUCCCUCUCCUCUGUGGGUUGUAUCCCACAGAGUAAUUGAAACUGGUUACCAAGACCUCUCCUGACCCCUGCCACUGGCAGGCCCACUCCCCUCCACGGUACUGUAGCAUGGGGGCUUCCCCACCCCCCUUGUGCCUUCUUUAUAUAUGGGCUUCUCACUGCUAACAAUAAAUA